AUGUAUAAUGUACUGUUGGAUGAAGCAAAUGGCCACAUCCUCAAGCUUAGUGAAGGCGCCAUCAAGUAUGUCGGCCCUCUUUCAAUUCCUGUGGCUCAGGAAAUUGUUGUCGACACUAAUGUAGUCGAAGCUGAAGGCUUGUUGGAAGAUACAGUGGAUGAAGAUGAGGAAAAGGAAUCCAUUGAUUUGACUUCAAGUCGUGGGUGGACUGUUGGUGAGGCCUAUAUGAACUUUCGUCUAAGUGGUUCAGCAGAAGGAUUCACCUCCUUGAACUCUCGUUUAAUGAUGAACAAUGGAAGAUAUGUCUCUUCAUUGGAUUAUUUCUUGUUCUUCCUUCCUGUGGACCAUGUUUAUUCCAUUAUCCACAACACCAGCCUUCAUGCAAGAAGUCUCGGCUAUUGGGAAGAUAUUACCUUUCAUGAAUAUCUCAUAAAGGCACAUUGGAGACAAGACCAGUCUUUUUUCUUGAUGAAUGUUGACUUUAGUCAAUAUAUGUCUUUUAACAGAUUCAGUGACAUCAUGAAGAUGCAUGUUUUUGAAAUUCCUUCAAAGCAGGCUCAGGAGCUUGACCCUCUUUAUCAAAUUAGGUCCACCAUCCAAGCCUUUAAUGAUCACAUGCCUAAGUGUAUAAUACCAGGAAAAUAUCUUGUUAUCGAUGAUUCCAUGAACCAAUGGUUAGGUGCUAGUACGCCAAAUUUAAAGAAGGUUCCUAGAAAGCCACAUCCAAUCGGACAAGAGUUUAAGACGUUGGCUGACAACCACUGCUACUGCAUAUUGCGUGUCGAUACAGUCAGUGAUCCUUGCCCAAAAGAAUUUGACAAAGAUCCUGGUAUAAAGAAGCUGAGGGCUACUGUAAAACGUUUGGUAAAACCUUGGUUUGACUCUGGUCGAACGGUCAUUACUGAUCCUUGGUUCAGUUCGCCUGACAUGAUCUCAAUGCUGAUGAAUCAUGGCCAUUAUUCGAUUAUGCAGGUCACCAAGCGUCGUUACUGA